UCGAAACUGGAACAAGCUUACAGCGCUCACACGUUUCAAUUGAAGCAAAGGAAAUAGUUGUUAACUGUUCUAACGUAUCGAUAUCCAAAGUUUUAUUAAAUGUUUAAAUUCUAAUACAGUGCAUACUCGGUGUUGUAAUUACUUUUCAAAAGGGUAUUUUAGUACUAAUCGCAAGUUUAAAAUGUUAUGGUCAAGGGUCGGAAUAAUACUUUUGAUUGCUUCAUUUAUACAAGUGGAGUCUUUAAAAUUUUCAUCUUUAGAUCUAGUGUACAAAAAAGGGGUGGAAGCCUAUUCAAAUGAAAGAUGGUCUGAAUGUAUUGUGCAAUUAGAAGAAUCACUACAUUUAUAUAAAGUUUAUAAAAGGAUUUUAAUCAACUGCAGACUUAAAUGCAAGCAUGACGCUCAGUUUACAAGAAUCCAAGAUAAUAUUGAAGAUCUUAAAAUAUAUGAAUUGUAUUUCAACGCAAGACAGUGUCUGAUAAACUGCAAUAAUCACGCUUUUGAAGAUGUACGUAUGUAUAAUAAUGUAUCAGAUUCAAUAAUUUUUAAUAUGCAGUCCAGAAAACCAUAUGAAUAUUUGCACCUAUGUUACUUCCAAAUGUAUGCUAUGUCAAAAGCAGCAUCAGCUUCCUAUACAUUUCUAGUUACAAAUCCAGACGAUCCAAAAAUGAAGAAAAACUUAGACUACUAUUUAAAUCAGCCUGAAGUUGACAUAAAUGAGGUGGUUGACCUUGAAAGUGAUGACUAUCAAAUCCUUUACAGACUGGGUCUUAAAUCAUAUCAUACCAAGAAAUGGGGUGAAACAAUUGCCAAUAUGGAAGAAGCAUUAAAUGAUUAUCUGUCUUGGGAAAACAACUGUCGAAUGGAAUGCGAGCGUCAGCCUGAACAAGAGUGGUCACCAGAAAUAACAAUUACAAUAUCAAAUUACAUGGCGUCACUUCUAAUUUGCAAGCAAACCUGCCAAGAUGAACUGAAACCGCUUUAUAAUUCUGGUGUUGAAUUUAUUGCCGACCUAUUAAACUAUAUACAAAUAUCGUAUUAUAAUUUAGACAGGCUGGAUGACAUGGGAAAAGCAGUAGCCACCUAUUUACUUCUGUUGCCAAAUGAUGAAGAUAUGUUGGAAAAUAAGAAAAUUUACAGCACAUUAAUUGAUGACAGUGCCUUUGUUGUCAGAUCGGAUGUUGUUCAUUAUUUAAAAAGGGACACAUAUGAAAAACAGUUAAUUACGUUUUUUCGUCAAGAGAAUCAUAGCGAUGACGUUGAAACUACUAAUAAGGUAUAAUAAUAUCUAAGAACUACUACAAAAAUAUGAAGUCAGCGUGUUAUUCAAAUAUACCUAUUAUCAAACUUAAGUGAUGACACAUGAUUAUAUAACAACUACCAACUAGUCAAAAUAAUCAAAAACAACUAGUAGAUAAUAUUUUUUGUAUCAUGCUGUUGUUAUA